CCGCUUGGAUCGCAAGUACCUCCCAGCUAUGACCUCGUCUUCCCCUCUCCGCUGGGGCUUCCUCGGCUGUGGCCGCAUCUCGGCAGACUUCGCCAGUGCCAUGAAGGCGCUGGACAACGUCGUAUUCCAGGCUUGUGCCGCGCGUUCGUUGGACAACGCCCAGAGAUUCGCUAAGGAGCAUGGUAUUAACCAAGCUUAUGAUUCAUACGAGGCCCUCGUCGCCGACCCUAACGUGGACGUCGUGUACAUUGGCACGUUGCACCCGUCACACUAUGAGCACACUGUGCUCGCUCUAAACCACGACAAGCACGUGCUAGUGGAGAAACCCAUGGCCAUGAACCUCGCCCAAGCGACGGCUGCUAUUGCCCUCGCUCGUGAGAAAAAUCUCUUCCUCAUGGAAGGAAUGUGGACGCGCUUCUUCCCUUCCAUCCGCCACGUGCGUCAGUUGCUGGCCGACAAGGAGAUCGGCGACGUGCACCACGUACACGCGUCCUUUGGCAUCCAAUUCGACGUUGACAAUACCCGUAUGUGGCACAAUGAACUCGGAGGCGGUGGCCUCUUGGACAUCGGCAUUUACCCUCUGGCUUUUGCCACGAUGGUAUUUGGAGCCAAACCUGAUAAAAUCACAUCGGCUGGCAAACUGAAUGAUGGUGGCAUCGACAUUUACAACUCGGUGACGCUCGAGUACAGCGACUCGCGCUUCGCUACCGUCGAGUACACGAUGUUGGCCAAUACGGACGAGACUGUCACCAUUUCGGGCUCUAAAGGACGCAUUCACUUGCCAACGCCCGCUCACACGGCGACGGAGGUGCAAGUGGUCAAGUACCUUGAGGACGGGACGCACAAGGAGACCACGACGUCAUUCCCGUGGCCGGCACCUGCUGCUGGGGUUACUUUUAACUACGGCGGCUCGGAGGGAUUCCGCUAUGAGGCCGAGACUGUGAUUAAGGCCAUCCAGAACAAGGAGGCCGAGAGCAAAGAGUACCCACUGGACGAAUCGCUCCAAAUUAUGACGAUUAUGGACAAGAUUCGCAAGGAUUUGGGUCUCGUUUACCCCGCCGACGCGAAGUAGGUUUACCUAUUUUUGCAUCUGAAGUGCACUCAUUAGCGUUUUUGGCAUAAUCUGAGAUAGUGUUGCUACAAUUGUGAUGCAAA